AUGCAAAAUGCAGAGUGUGCUAAUCCUUCCACUGAUGCUGACUGGCUUAAUGAGAAUUUUGCAUUCCAGAGCAUGCUGCAGAAACUGGGACAGUGGCUGAUGGAAGUUGCUUGUCUCCUGCAGGCACCACAUGCACUGCGUUCUCUGACCUUUCCGGAAACCAAGAAAAUAGACAUUCAUUCUGGUCUACUUCAUGAACAUGAAACGCACAAAUCUGGUUCUGAUGAUACUUCUUCGAUGAAAUUGAACCCCUCAGAUGAACAAACAUCACAGCAACAGCUCUCAAAGAGUCUUAUUUUGGCUACUUUACAUGAGUCAUCUACUUUAAAAACUCAAAGUCCUUCUGAGCAAGAACUGACCGUCAUUAACAUAAAAGUAACAGAAUCCAGCCGAAAUGACUCUCAGAAUAAAAUCAACAUUCCUCGGAAAAUUGAAGUUGGAAGUCAUUCUAAUGAAAGUGAUAAAAAAACUGCAUCUGAGUUUUCUUUCAAGACUUUUCCAACUGUAAAGGAGCGCCAGAAAUCCCCUGGAAUGAAAAAAUCUCAUUGGUCAGCAGGAAGUGCAAUAGCAAGCUCAGAAGAAUUGAGCCUGUCUGUUGGAAGUUUAGACUCUGUAUUCAGUGUUCCUGAAUCAAGUGAUACAGCCAACAUUCAAGCUUCUAGUCUUAGUGAUGACAAUAGAGCAUCAGGAAAAAUGGGCGCAGUAUUGAUGGGUCAGAAAGAUGCUGAAGAC